UCACGCGUCCCUCUUUAUCUCCAACAUCCCGCUAGAAGCUGUGAAUGGCACAGCUCCUCGUAAGCUUCGCUCCACUGAGCGGAGGCUGAGCAGAGCGCACAGCCACAACCACAGCUCGCGUGGUGUCAUGUAAAACAAAAGAAGGGACAGUACAGUUUGUUUUUUUAAACAAAAAGGUGCUCAGCUGUGCAUGAAAAGCACAGGGACACGUUUUUUCUUCAUUACUGAGUAGAUUGAUUACGCGCGCAGAAGUGACCAUGGCGCAUUUUACGCACUGCAGAUAACCAGUUUUUUUAGAGGCUAAAACAAGCACAACAUGGAUUAAACAGUGAACGUUGCUUCUUUCACCGCAGAAGAACUGAAAUGGCGGCACUUCGUAGAAAAUUCGGUGAAGACUACCAGGUGGUUAACACAAACCGGGCCACUACUUUUUCUGCCCCGGUCAAGAAGAAACGCCAACGUUUCGUGGACAAAAACGGCCGCUGUAACGUGCAGCACGGAAACCUCGGUGGGGAGACCAGCAGGUACCUUUCUGACCUGUUCACCACUUUGGUUGACCUGAAGUGGCGAUGGAACCUACUCAUCUUCAUCCUGACUUACACCAUUGCGUGGCUGGUCAUGGCAUCGAUGUGGUGGAUCAUUGCUUACAUCAGGGGGGACUUGAAUCACGGACACGACUCGUCCUACACCCCCUGCGUAGCUAAUGUUUACAACUUCCCCUCUGCUUUCCUCUUCUUCAUUGAGACCGAGGCAACGAUCGGUUAUGGCUACAGGUACAUUACGGAGAAGUGUCCGGAGGGCAUCAUCCUCUUCUUGUUCCAGUCACUCCUGGGCUCCAUAGUGGACGCAUUCCUCAUCGGCUGCAUGUUUAUAAAAAUGUCCCAGCCCAAGAAACGCGCGGAGACGCUCAUGUUCAGCCAGGACGCGGUGAUUUCUCAGAGAGACGGCAAACUGUGCCUCAUGUUCCGCGUGGGCAACCUGAGAAACAGCCACAUGGUGUCUGCACAGAUCAGGUGCAAGCUGAUUAAGUCCCGUCAGACACCUGAAGGCGAGUUCCUGCCUCUGGACCAGUGUGAGCUGGAUGUUGGGUUUGGAACGGGUGCAGACCAGCUCUUCUUGGUGUCCCCUCUCACCAUUUGCCAUGAAAUUAAUCCCAAAAGCCCCUUUUUUGACUUGUCUCAGCGCUCUCUCAUGAACGAACAGUUUGAGAUCGUUGUUAUCCUCGAGGGCAUCGUUGAAACCACUGGAAUGACAUGCCAAGCGAGGACAUCGUACACGGAGGAUGAGGUUUUAUGGGGCCAUCGUUUCCUGCCCGUGAUGUCCCUGGAAGAGGGCUUUUUCAGGGUAGACUACUCUCAGUUUCACAGCACAUUUGAGGUUCCCACGCCGCCGUACAGCGUCAAAGAGCACGAAGAGAAGAAUUCGCUGCCGUCCCCUUUGUCGACUCCCACCCCGGCGCUGACCGAGAGCCACGGGGCCCGGCGCGACCGGGUGUUUUCCGUGGACUGCAUCAACACCUCGGAGGAGAGAUGCCGCCAGGGAGGGGCCGGGGGUCGGCUGCCCAGCAAACUGCAGAGGAUGAGCUCCUCCGGAAAGGAAGACCUGCAGAGGAAGGUGCUUCUGCUCAGCUCGCAGCACUCGGAGAAGGCCUGCAGCACGGGGGACCUUCCCCUCAAGCUGCAGCGCCUCAGCUCCUCGCCCAGCCCCGGGGCCCAGAGCCGGCUGCAGCUCAAGUCCCUCAAGGUGGGCUUCGAGCCAAUGACCCAGUCCACCGGAGACCUGUGCCAGCACAGCCCGCCGACCCCGCUGACCCCCGCUCCGGCCCCCAUGCACAGCCCCCUUCUCUCAGCCGGGGGCAGGCUGGAGGACAAUCUGCCAGCAAAGCUACGCAAAAUGAACGCAGACCGCUGAGAUCCAGAAGCCCGGACCACACAAACGAAACAAGAAAAAUCAGCCACACACAGGGAGGAGCUACAGAUGGACAGAGAAAAAAAGAGACAAACUUUAUCUUUGAGAGGAAAGAGAAGGAUGAAUUGCUGACAAUUUUUGACUUUUUCUUCAGAUGAAACUUUUACUGGAAUUACUGUGAUUCGAUGUUUCGUAACAAAGGCAAUCAUGCAGGCUUUGUUACACACACACGACAAAAAACGAUACAAACUUAAUGCUUACAGCAGACUCGUGCAUGUGUACACUAAAUACAUUGUUUAAUGUAUGCACCUCUAUACUUAUAGUCAAUCUUAGUUUUGAUCACAUAUGAAUUACGUCAAGAUGAAAAUAAAUGAAGUUUGAGCUUU